AAAAAAUUAAUUUAGUAUUAAAUAAAAAAAUUUACACCAUUUUUCUUUACAACGAAAAAAAAAAUAAUUAAUUGAUUGUUAAAAAAAUUUUGAAUAUAAAAAUCAAUAAUUAAUUUUAUUUUCGGGCGAAACUAAACUAUAAAAAACUACAAUCAAUUGAUAAUAAUAAUAAUAAUGACUAGCAUUGCCAAACCCAUACAGUUAUUGUCUAUAUUGUCGGUCAUAUCCAUACUGUUUGUUUGGACGAUGACUACUGUCCAGCCUAUCAGUGCCGGCACCGGUCCUAAAGAGUUUACAUCGAGCAGUGGCCGCCAUUUUGUGGCCGUCGAUAUCAAGUCACCCGAUGUCCUCCAAGCUCUGCAAGCAGUCAUGACUGCCGGUACAGUACCGGCAAUGUCCGACCCGAACUGGCACAACGGUUUGGUAUCCAUCUAUGAUUGCUAUCUGCAUACCAGUCCCGAACUGACCCGCUAUUUGCUAACCUUACGAUUGUAUGGCUAUCACAAAUGUACCGAAACUGAUGGCCCGAAUGUUCAUCGGACGGACAAAGGAUGUUUACAUCCAGCAACUGAUUGUACCACAAAUAUUAUGAAACAGGGAUCGGACUAUAAAUACGAGACCAUGAGCUGCGCACCGGCAGUUGUUUAUAACUAACAAUGAAAAUAAAUAAUUUGAAAAAUAAAUAAAUAAAUACUAAUUUAAAAUUUUUUUUUUAACAACAACAACAACAAAAUUUUCAAAUAAUUCA